UAGACUCUGUCUCAAAAAAGCUACCCCACCAAAGGGAGGGAUAGAGUUUUACUUUUAAUUGUUGUCUUUAUCUGUUCCUUUCAAGUAUCUUUCAACUAGGAAGAAAUCAGUGAUUUAAAUAAAAUAACAAGUCAGUAUAAUCUGUUUUAAAAUUUUUGAAUCGUAAAAGUGUUUGUCCUGUUAAAAUUUCACAACGUUCAUCUGAAAAUUUAUCGGUGUGUAAUUAAAAUAGAAUUUAGAAAGGAAUGAUAAAAUCACCAACUCUGUGGAAGUCUACUACGAUGGUUAGUUUAAACCAGAUAAAAACAAUCUCCAAAUAAUCAUCUCUAAUGGGUCUGUUUUAGUCUAAAAACAGAGUUCUUAGUUAAGUCAUAUACAAUGAAAACAUUCGCACAAAGCUAAAAAACAAUGGGAAUUAAAACUGCCCUGUUUGCUUUUAGAAGUGAAGGUUCUUUUGAUGUAAAGUAAUCAGUCAUUUGAUGUAAUGCUAACCCACAAAUCUAAUAAUUAAUAUAUCCACACCUUUUCGCGCGCACACACACUUGCACCUUCUUCUAAAAUAUGUAUUUAGGAACAAAUUUAAACUUAAAAGUAAUGAAAAGCGCCUAACUUGUAAGGCUUAAAUAACUGCAUUUAAGUGCAGUAACAAUUUAGGACUCUGAGCGCCGCUGUUCACCUGCUGGGAGAGCAAUGCACAGGAAAAGCCAUCGAAUUCUCAGCGCUGACAAAAUCAGACUGGCAGAUUCCAGAGUCCAACUGCGGGACUGCGGUGAAAUUCCGUCCCUAGAUUUGUGGCUCUCCAGCUUUCCAUAAGAUUACUGUUUCCAUCACCACAACCAAAGAAAGGUAAACCAGCCGCCUAUGCCCUGUGAAGACUGAAGGGGUUCUUUCGCGAAUGAACAAUGGCCGCUUCCAAGAAUCAACACCGGCGCGGCGGGCUGGUCCUAUUGUGUACGCUGAUGGGGACGCUGUGCCAGAUCGGGCUAGGACAGAUUCGCUACUCGGUGCCAGAAGAGACAGACAAAGGCACGGUCGUGGGUAACAUCUCCAAGGACCUAGGACUGGAGUCGCGCGAGCUGGCGGAGGGCGGGGUCCGCAUCGUCUCCAGAGGUAGGUCGCAGCUUUUCUCCCUGAACCCGCGGAGCGGCAGCUUGGUCACCGCAGGGAGGAUAGACCGGGAGGAGCUGUGCGCUCAGAGCGCGCCCUGUCUUGUAAAUAUUAACAUUCUAGUUGAGGACAAAGGAAAACUCUUUGGGGUAGAAAUCGAAAUAGUUGAUAUUAACGAUAAUAAUCCGAAGUUCCAUGUUGAAGAUGUGGAAGUGAAAAUUAAUGAAAUCGCUGCCCCUGGAACACGGUAUCCACUCCCAAAGGCUGUUGAUCCAGAUGUGGGCAUGAACUCCCUCCAGAGUUACCAGCUCAGCCCCAACAAACACUUCUCUCUGGACAUGCAAAGGGGAGACCACGGGCUAAACCCAGAGCUGGUGCUGGAGCGCACCCUGGACCGAGAGGAAGAGCCCAUUCACCACCUGGUCCUCACGGCCUCUGAUGGCGGCGACCCUCGCCGCUCCAGCACAGCGCUCAUCCAGGUCACAGUGUUGGAUACAAACGACAAUGCCCCUGUUUUCGACCAACCGGUUUACCGCGUGAAAGUCCUUGAGAACGUGGCCCCGGGCACCCUGCUGCUCACGGUAAGAGCUAGCGACCCGGAUGAGGAUGCCAAUGGGAAAGUGACAUACAAAUUCCAGAAAAUUAAUGACAAACAGUCCUUGUUAUUCCAUCUUCAUGAAAACACCGGAGAAAUGACAGUAGCGAAAACUCUGGACUAUGAAGAAUGUUCACUGUAUGAAAUGGAGAUUCAGGCCGAAGAUGUGGGGGCGCUUCUGGGGAGGAGCAAAGUGAUAAUUAUGGUAGAAGAUGUAAACGAUAAUCGGCCGGAAGUGACCAUUACAUCUCUGUUUAGCCCAGUGUUGGAAAAUUCUCUUCCUGGUACAGUGAUUGCCUUCCUGAACGUGCAUGACCGAGACUCUGGAAAGAACGGCCAAGUUGUCUGUUCCACACACGAGAACUUACCUUUUAAAUUAGAAAAGUCAAUAGACAACUAUUACAGACUGGUGACAUGGAAAUAUUUGGACCGAGAAAAGGUCUCACUCUACAAUAUCACAGUGAUAGCUGCAGAUCUAGGAACUCCACCUCUGUCUACUGAAACGCACAUUGCCCUGAUUGUGGCGGACACCAAUGACAACCCUCCUCGCUUUCCUCACACCUCCUACACAGCCUACAUCCCAGAGAACAACCUGAGAGGGGCUUCCAUCUUCUCCUUGACUGCACAUGACCCCGACAGCCAGGAAAAUGCCCAGGUCACUUACUCUGUGUCUGAGGACACCGUACAGGGAGUGCCUUUGUCCGCUUACGUCUCCAUCAACUCAGACACUGGCGUCCUGUAUGCGCUACAGUCUUUUGACUUUGAGAAGAUCCAAGACCUGCAGUUAUUGGUUAUUGCCAGCGACAGUGGGAACCCUCCACUCAGCAGCAAUGUGUCGCUAAGCCUGUUUGUGUUGGACCAGAAUGACAACACCCCUGAGAUCCUGUACCCCACCCUCCCCACUGAUGGCUCCACUGGCGUGGAACUGGCUCCCCGCUCUGCAGAGCCCGGUUACCUGGUGACCAAGGUGGUGGCGGUGGACAGAGACUCGGGACAGAACGCCUGGCUCUCCUACCGCCUGCUCAAGGCCAGCGAGCCAGGGCUCUUCUCCGUAGGGCUGCACACGGGCGAGGUGCGCACUGCUCGGGCCCUGCUGGACAGGGAUGCCCUCAAACACCUGGUGAUGGCAGUGCAGGACCACGGCCAGCCGCCUCUCUCCGCCACUGUGACGCUCACGGUGGUGGUGGCUGACAGCAUCCCUGAAGUGCUGGCUGACUUGAGCAGCAUCAGGACCCCUGGGGCCCCAGAGGACUCUGAUCUCACGCUCCACCUGGUGGUGGCAGUGGCUGUGGUCUCCUGUGUCUUCCUCGUCUUUGUCAUUGUCCUCCUGGCCCUCAGACUUCAGCGCUGGCAGAAGUCUCGCCAGUUCCAGGGCUCCAGAGGUGGAUUGGCCCCUGCACCUCCCUCACAUUUUGUGGGCAUUGACGGGGUGCAAGCUUUUCUGCAAACCUAUUCUCAUGAAGUCUCCCUCACUUCAGGCUCCCGGACAAGCCACAUUAUCUUUCCUCAGCCCAACUAUGCAGACAUGCUCAUUAACCAAGAAAGCAGUGAGAAAAAUGAUUCUUUAUUAACAGCCAUCGAUUUUCAUGAGAGUAAGGAUGAAGAUGCUUGUGCUCUGGUAAGUUCGGUUCUCUGAUUCUCAGAGGAAUUUUGAGAUAUGCCAAAAGUUUUGUGUGCGUUUAAAUGAUGGUAAUGUAAAACCAGACACUUAAAAGUCAUAGGUGUUGAAAAGCUUGUUUUCAAGAGGGUUGGACAAGGCCUGGGGAUGUAAGCUAGUUGUCAGAGUGCUUUUCUAGCUCACACAAAUCCUGAGUUUGAUUCCCCACCACCACAUAAACUGAGCAGGGUAGCACAUGCUUGUAAUCCUAGCACAUGGGGGUGGGGUGACAGCAGGAGGAUCACAAGUUCAAGGUCAUCCUCUGGUGCUUUAUUAAGUUCAAGGCUAGCUUAUGCUAUGUGACACUCUGUCUCAAAACACACCACAAAAGGCCCGUGCAAAAAGCUUAGACAAGGCCAGUGGCACAUACCUUUAAUCCCAGCACUCGGGAGGCAGAGGCAGGCAGAUCUCUUCGAGUUCGA